GCACUGGCAGCGGCAGAGACGUGGAUGGUACUUUCCCCUGUUGGACGAGCGCAGGUCGUAAGAGACAUUCUCACCUUCAGCUUCGUGACAGUGGACCUCACAUUCCUGCCUCUCCGGGUCUUCCAAGAGGUCUCUCCAGGAUGGGUCCUUUGGAGCCUGCUUUGGAUGUCUCAGAUUUAUUGGAACCUUCACAUGGUGGUGAGCUUCAACACCGGGUACUACUUUCGGGGACAUUUGGUACGCGAUCGGAACAGGAUAGCCCAGCACUACCUUCGUACUUUGUUCUUCUUCGAUGCCCUAAACAUCACCGUCGACUGGCUGCUGGCAGGUUUGGAUACUUCCCAUAACUUUGUUUCUCACGUUCUCUUCGAAGACGUGAGUAUGACCGUGCUGUGCCUAUGGGUGCUUCAGAUGUGCCUGCGGCUAUGUCGCAUGUUCAUGUCUUUUAGCAAGCUUGCGGUUUCGGACACCGUUCGUGUCCAGUGGGUCAUUACUAGGACGGUAGGCCAGAUCCUGUUGACGCACCAUGUCAUGGCAUGUGCCUGGUACCGCAUUGGCUCUGCUUCAGCCAGAUAUGGCUGGACCAAAGCAAACGGCUUGGAUGAUACAAGUCUAUCCUACAAGUACACCACAUCGCUACACUGGACCUACUGCCAGCUUGGAUUUGGCUCGUCUGAGAUUGAGGCGGUGAAUACUGCUGAGAGGGUCUUCUCGCUUCUAGUGGUCUUCGCUGCUUUGGUUGUUUUUUCCACUCUGCUAGCUGCGAUCACCAGCCUGGCCACAAAGCUCAACAAGGCUUCCGAGCGGAAGCAGGAACACUUCAGGCAGCUCAGGAAGUAUUUGAGGCAGCAUCAGAUCGAGGAAGAUUUGCGGCUGCGUGUUGUGGCAUUCCUGGAGCAUGCCUACACGCUGCGCCAAGCGGUCGUGGCGGAUAGUGAAGUUCCCAUUUUGGACUUACUUUCCAAGCCGUUGCAGGCCGAACUGAAUAGUUUCAAGUACAUGAAAUGUCUUCGUGAGCUGGACGUAAUGAGGCAGCUUUUCCAGACAUUCGACCAGCACUCGGUCCAGGCCAUCAGAAGCCUUCCCAAAGCCUUCUCCCAUAGGACAUUUGCUCCAGCGGACACAGUGUUCGAGUGCGGCUUGUUGGCCAAUUCUGCUUACUUCGUCGCCGAGGGCGAGUUCGUCUACGAGUUGAACGGGGAGAUGAUCAGCGUUGAGAAUGGCCGGUGGGUGGCUGAAAUGAGUCUUUGGACCCCAUGGCUCCAUCUCGGAGACUUGACCACGAGGGACAUCUCUGAAGUGAUCGUUCUGGAUGUGUCUCACUUCGCCGACACUCUCAGCCGCUCAAGUGAGAGCUUCCUUAAAUGCCAGGAGUAUGCCGAGCAACUUACUGCGCGAAUGAACGAGGAGAGAAUCCUGACAGACCUGUGGCGUUGUGAGGUGAACCCCGCACGGUCGGGCUCUGACAACCUCCGUGGUAGUGUGAGCCUGGCAGCUCGCCUCAGGUCGUCAUUUACCAGGCACGUUCUUCAGUCGCCCAACCAGAUCGUGCCAGUAGGCUGA